CUAAAUAUAGUCAUGUGUGAUCUUGUUUGAUUUGUCUUAACAUAUAGAUUAUUAAUAUAUAAUUUCUAUAAUUUUUUAAUAUACAAAUUACAAGAUAAAAUGGAUUAAAGAAGUGUAUUGGAUGGUGUGUAAAAAUGAAAGUGGACAAAUACUCUGGGACGGAUGGAGUAUCAUUUAGAUUUUAGAACAAAGAGAAUAUUUUAAUGAGAACGCCAUCGAUCCGCUCCUCCCGCGGCCUAUAUAAUUCAUUUCUCCCCCCAUCCUCUCGAUCAUCAUUCUUCUUCAGUCGCUACUCUGUUAUUGAGCUUUCGUCUUCCUCGAUCUCUCUAGCUAGAAAAUGGCUUCCGCGGAUGUGGUUCAGUACAGGUGUUUCGCCGGUGGCUUGUCCUUCCAAACCACUGAAUCUGGCCUGAGAAAUGCUUUCUCGGCGCACGGCGAUGUUACCGAUUGCAAGAUUAUCAACGAUCGUGAAACUGGUAGAUCUAGAGGAUUUGGCUUUGUAACUUUCCUCAAUGAAGACUCAAUGAGAAAUGCUAUAGAGGCUUUGAAUGGACAACAACUUGACGGCCGUAGUAUUACGGUCAACGAGGCUCAAGAUCGCGGAAGCGGCGGCGGAGGCCGUGAAGGCGGUUACGGAAGAGGCGGCGGCGGUUAUGGAAGAGGCGGCGGUUACAGAAGAGGCGGCUACAACAACAGCGGCUACGGCGAAUCCCGCGGUUAUGGAGGGGGCGAAUCCGGUGGUUAUGGAGGCAACGGAUCCCGUGGUUAUGGAGGGGGCGAAUCCGGUGGUUAUGGAGGCAACGGAUCCCGUGGUUAUGGAGGCAGCGACUACCGUGGUUACUCUAAUGGAGGCGGCGAUCACCGUGGUUACUCUAAUGGCGGGGGUGCUUCCGAUGAAUCCGAUUGGAGGAAAUGAGCUCUGUUGGCCGGGUUGAUAUUGGUGGCGUAUGUAAUGCAUGGUGCAUAUAUAUGUUACUGCCCUUCUGGGAGUUAGUUUCUGGCCUUUUGUAUCUGAUUUUCACUUGUUCCUUUCACUUUUGAUUGCUCCUACUGCUGUUAUUCAUGUACCCCGUCCGUACUUGUCAGAUCUGUAUUCAUGCUGUGAUAAUAACUGAAAUGUUUCUUC